AUGAUAAUGGGGAACCCUCAGAUGAUCUGGUGCCCACCAUUCUGGACACUGCCCAUCAGUACAACAUCCAGGUAUGGCUCCCAUGGUGCAUUUUACCGCUAUAAGAACAGCAUGGGCAAGAGCCUUCCACUCUUUUACAUCUAUGACUCAUACCUAACAUCCCCUGAGGCCUGGGCCCACCUUCUGACACCAAAUGGACCCCACUCAAUCCGCAACACCCCCUAUGAUGGAGUCUUCAUAGCGCUGCUGGUGGAGGAGGGCCACACUCAUGACAUCCUGGCUGCUGGAUUUGAUGGCAUGUAUACCUACUUCGCCUCCAAUGGUUUCUCCUUCGGCUCUUCCCAUCAGAACUGGAAAGCUGUGAAGAACUUUUGCGAUGCCAACAAUCUCAUGUUCAUUCCUAGUGUGGGACCUGGUUACAUUGAUACCAGCAUCCGGCCUUGGAACAACCACAACACUCGGAACAGGGUCAAUGGCAAAUACUAUGAGACAGCCUUGCAGGCAGCCCUAACAGUGAGGCCUGAGAUUGUCUCCAUCACCUCUUUCAAUGAGUGGCACGAGGGCACCCAGAUUGAGAAGGCCAUUCCUAAAAAGACACCAACUCGGCUAUAUUUGGACUACCUGCCUCAUCAGCCCAGCCUGUACCUGGAGCUGACUCGCCGAUGGGCUGAGCACUUCAUCAAAGAGAAGGAGCAGUGGCUGAUGUGAGGGGCUGGUGUGCCAGUCUCAAUGGAAGAAGUAACCAUGUGGGCCCCAACUGAAGUUACAGGCACUUGCUUGUCUGAGUCAGUAGCUGAGUGCUUCUGGGUCUGAGCCCAUGUGAACAGAGCCUGUAUUUUUAGGCAAGAUGGUGCUGGGGUACUCUGCAAUGACAGAAAGCCAGGCAGUGUUCCGGAUGGGGAAUCAUAAUGGCUGGCAGGUGACUGGACUUGGCCCAGGGCAGCUCCACAUCCUGUUAGGACACUUAGCUUUGAACUUGGCAGGCCGGUGUUAUGAAGUUCUCUUGGAAGGGGGUCAGGGUUCUGGGCUAGCAUGCACCCUGCUCCUUCUGCCUCUCUUCAGGUCUCCUUCCCACAUCAUUUGUCUUCUCUAGGUUUGGGAACUACAGCUGAGACUUUCUAAAAGGGAAAUUCUAGAUUUAAGCUCUUUCCUAUAGAUUCCUGAACCCAAUUUUCAGGAAACAAUCCUGAAUAUUCACAUAUUCAUGUAACACAUACUAAUCAAGCACCUUACCACAUGCUAGGUGCUGCAGAAAAACUUGAUCAAGGGAUGGUUCCCCUCUUUCAGAGGCUUCCAGGAUCCAGCUUUCCUUGUUUGGUGUGGCCUUGUAGCUAGUGCCUGAGCACAGCUAUAAGUUUCUUUAUUUGCAAGUUUAACCUAUGCUGAGAGUUCAGUUCUUUCCCCUUCAAGAAAAUACCUCGUGCUCCAGAGCCUACAUUUUCCCAGAUGAACAUUUAGCUCUAGGGAGAGGACUGGGACACCUCCUUCCUUUAGCUGUUUAAGCUGAAUGAACUCACUAGAGCCAUUUUCAGUGCUACUGUGAUUUGUAGUAAUUAAAUAUGAUGUGGUAUUCUCAAGCAAGUAUUCCUUUUGCUCUCUUCUAGAUCUCAAUAUGAACCUGUAAGUCUGAAAAAUUCACAUGUGGGAUGGGUUGGCUACAAUGUUAGAACAUUGAAGAGUAAGUUUACUUAAGAAAUUAGUAAUUUAAGCAAGAUUUCCAGAGGGGGUAUUUAAUAAACCAGCGUUUACUUACAAGUAAACUAGUAUGUUAACAGUAAGGGCCUUCAUUAAAGCAAGUCCUUGGGUCACUUUCCUGGAAGAUUCUUAGAAUUAAUUCACUUGAAAAUAAGUGCACUGGUAAUUACUGUGUUGAGAAGUUUAUGGGUUCAAGACCAAAACCCAAUUCUGUGAACUGGGCUGCAGAAAGGGGAGGAAGAGUUAUCUCCUGGUGACGAUGACUCCCAGCUCUAACUAGGGAACAAGCCCCAACAUGGAUGGGAAGUCCCUGGUUUGGUUGGAGGAAGCCAAAGGAGGCAUGGACAGGUGAAAGGGCUGUUAUAAACCUGUUAUAAUUCAGAGGGGAGUUAAUACUGAGCUUUCACUUCACACAUAUUUAUUUCAAAGUAUGGUGUGGCCAGGGGGCAGGGGCAGCAAUCCUUACACUCUGUUAUGGGCAAAGCAGCCUGGUUUGAUUCUUUUAAAGGCUAAUUUGUAUCAAGAGCUAUAAAAACAUUCAUACAGCUCAAUUCAGUAAUCCUACUCAAAGGAAAUAAUUCAAAAGAAAAAUAAACCAUUUAUAAAGACAUUUAAUAGCAGCAUUAUUUUCAACUAAAGAAAAACAAAAGUUCAAAUGUCCGACAAGAGUUGUUUAUACUUGUCACACAUAUGAAAAAAGAUAGAGAGAGGCCUGCUGUGUAGACACUGGAUUUAAAUAAAGGUGUUAUUGGUAUAAUUUAUUUUAUGAAUAAGUAAGGGUCAAAGCUGAACAGGGUCAUAGAGGGCCACUUUCUAAUAGUCUUUAAUAUGGACUCCAUGACCCAGCUCAACACCCUGCCAACUGAGCUGGCUUCCACUACCAUCAGACCAAGAUGAUUCACUCCGUCUUUCAGUAUAUUGCA